AUGAUACAGCAAACAAUGGAGCAGAAUCAAUCGAGUUCAUCAAGUUCAACCCAUACACCAUUGUACAUGGGAGGUUCAGUUCUAAACCGCCAUUUAAAACCUAUGAGAGUACCUGAUUACAAUGGAAAUAAAGCAAAGUUUGAAGAAUUUUGGAGCCUAUUUGAAAGUUUAGUUGACAAAUCGAACGAGCCAGUGCAUCUAAAGAUGGCAAGAUUGCGACAGAGUUUAUUUGGUCGAGCUUUGGAAGCGAUUCGUGGUUUAGGAGUAUCAGCACCCGAGUAUGAUGAAGCGAAAGAAUAA